AUGGUGACGCAAGCAGAGUCGUCGAAGCCCAGCGUCAACGAGCGUCUUGCUCGUGCGCGCGAAGAAGAUCUCCGUCGAUGUCGAAACCUCCAAGCCAAGCUCGCUCGUGCGCAGCUACACGACGAAGAUCAUCUCGGACCCCCCGCAGCGACACCAAAGCAGCGCCUGAUCACGGACCAUGUAACAUCCUCGUCCUCACAGCGAACAGGACUCAUGUUUCUCUUAUCCACCGAGCAGGCGCAGAGGGAGCGCGAUCAGCGGUCCAGGGAGCGACAGCUGAAGCGGCAGGUCGCGGGACCUAUACCGCCAGAAUCGUGGCGCGACGACUUUGACCGGCUCAGCAUACGUAAGGGCGUUGCAUCGCAUUUCGAUCGACAGCUUUUGCAGGAUUUGAUCUCGUCGACGGCAGCAGCUGGUGAAGGAGGCGACGAUGCAGAUGGUACCAGCCCGAACAAUGGUGAUGCAUUAGAGCGAGAAAGAGAACUUCGACAACGUGCGAGAAAGCACAGGGCGGCAAUAUGUGCUGGUCUGCGCUACCACCACAAUCUUGCGGAUGAUGGAGCCGGGGUACCCGAGAUCCUCAGCCUGAGAGAUAUGACGCUCUGCGUGAUUGCUGAUGCUCUCAACCGUCCUUCUCUCGCAUCAAUGGGGCAAGGCAGAGAUCAUGGCUUGGCACCAGAUAUGGAUCGGGCACAGCUGCGAGAAGUGCUCGAGUACUUGCCGAGACAUAUACGAGAUCGUAUGUUGGCGUUAUGUGGACGACUCGCCGCCACAGAAUGGCCGCUGAGCGAGUGGACUGCUCGGGCUCUCGUCGAUCUCCACAGGCGCCAAGACAUCACCUUGGAGCGCAGUCAGACCCCACCCAACCAAGAAGCAGACGAAGACUGGGAGAACAGCAUCGACUCCGACCCUUACCCCACUGCCUUCUCCUUCACUACUUCAAAAGGCGCAACCACCGCCACCGGUAUCCUCGACCUAUCCUUCGCUGCCGUUUCACCACGAACCAUUCACCGCAUGCUCUCCUCCUCUAUCUCCACCGCCGCCUUUUCACUCACAACCCUCAGCCUGGCCGGCUACAACACCUCUCCCGCCGCCAAUAAUUCAUCCCUAGACUCUCCGCAGAUGCACUCGAUCUUUGCCUCACUGCCCAACCUGCGAGUUCUCAGUCUGGCGGGGUCACGACUCUCGUCUCGGCGAGACGACGUGGGGGAUGGUGGCGACUCGCAGCGCGCGGCGGUAUUUCUGCGUAAGCUUAGCCGGAGUUUGGGUAAGUUGGAGAUGCUGGAUUUGGGAGGGUGCGCAUGGGUUUGUGCGGAUGCGGUGCUGGCGGUUUCGUGGGCGAAUGGAGCAUGGCCGAGACUGAAGUGUUUAUUACUGACUGGCUGUGAGGCUGUGGUGGAUCCUCGAGUGGCGAAAGACACGCUGGAGUUGGGUGAUGCCUCUGUAUGGAGGCCAGCUGGCAACCAUGUAGCUCCGUGGCAUGCGACGCAUUCGCAGCGAGAUGUGUUGCACACCAACGACCAGCCUGCCACCAGGGAGGGCGCGUUGUACGAUGCUUAUACAGACAACCUCCAUCGAGACCCCUUCGACCUCUUCGCCGCUCCGGUACAACUACGAACGGCUGGACGCGCAACAUUUGGCGAUUACGUCACGCACGCUAUUCAACCUGCGAUCAUCACACACAUGACACCAACGCCUCCCAACGGCCCCACGAAUAGCGUGUUGAUGGAGUACGUCCGCUGCCCGCGCUCGGCGGGCAAGGUCGAGAUGUGGCAGUGGCAGAGAGCACGCAUCUUGGAUGCGGUUCGUGGACGUGCUCAGCCGUCGGCUAAACGAAGGGGCUGGAUCGACGUGUAUUUCUGA